GCACAUGUCUUGACCACCUCGCCUCUCUGCUUACUCUCUGCCCUCCGAGAGCGACCAGAACGACCCUGAAUCCUAUUAUAUUCUACACGACGGCCAGCCCAUAGCAAAGUGUACCGUAGAAGCACGUUGCUGGCCAUAGCGACCGACGGAAGACGUUUGGACCACCGCCCGCCAGACGAACAUGAAUACAUCCACUCCGCCUGCUCCUACGACGACAAACUCUUCCCCAACCGCGACCAUGCCAACUCGCAAUGAAGAUAAGAUUGUAAACAUCAGCGACUCCACUCAACCUAGCCAUUCGCCUUCGGCGUCGUCGCCUCUACCGACCAAUAUAUCGCAGUCGACCUCUAAUUCUCAAACACCGCCUCCCGUCACCAUACUCUCGCCAUCUGCGACGACUGCGAACAGCAACGCAAACAGCGCAGUUCCUGGUCCACCCGCGAUGGCACCUAACUCGGCUACGGCAUCUGGAACCAGCUCGCCUUCGACACCGGACGUCGACCCCCAAAUCAUUGAAGCCUUGAAGAGCAAGGACAGAAUCUAUGUGUUGAAACUGGGUGAACUGAUGGAGGGGUUGAUCAAGGAGAAGAGGCAACGCGUCGAUCUUACGCCAGCAACCACGUAUCAGCGGCUCUUGGUUCAUCGAUGUUCUGCAUACUACAAGCUCGCUCCUGAGGCGGACCCGGUGACGAAAGGUAUUUUUGUACGUCUUACGCCCGAAAGUCGGAUUCCUGAACGCCGGAUUUGCGAAUUGGUGCCCCCCGAAUCCUCGUCUCAACCGACUUUUAAGAUUAUGCAACGAUCAGCACAGGACCGCCGGAAUAAAUCGCACUCGCAAGCUGGAUCCGUCGCUGGAGAGGAUGCUGAUCUCUCAGAUGUCGAGCCAUCUGAGUCUGGGAGCCUGGGAGGCCGCUCCAAUACUACGGGUAGCAGCACCAAGAAACACAUGACCAUCCAAGAGCGAGAAGCGGCCUAUAACGAAGCACGUUCUCGAAUCUUUAUGGACUUCGAAGAGAAGGAAAAGGCGAAAGAAAAAGAUAUGAGCGCCAGCUCGUCUUCUUCUCUCAGCCUCAACUCAGCCUCUGCUUCGAGCAUCAACGGUGAUGCCAGUAGCUUGGGUGACGUCGACGAGUCUGUUAAUUCACCAACGACCGAGAGCGAGUGGUCCGGGCCCUCCCACCAGUUCUCGAGGGAGCGAAAGGAUAAUAGGCGAGGCGGAUCAGGCAAUGCUUCGGCAUCAUCUUCCACUCGUUCGUUCAGAGGGGGCUACCAUGGAAAUAGUUCGAACCCUAGCUCCCGCAACUCGAGAGCCUCUUCUCCUUCCUUUACUUACGCCUCCUUAUACGAGCCUGCUCCAACACAACAGCUCUAUGACCCGAACCAACCGCCAAAUCAGGCGAACCCUCCGUAUGGAACGCAGUACUACCAUCCCUUUGCACCUCCUGGCCAGGGAUACGUACCUUAUCCUGGUUACUAUCCUCCCUACCACCCGUACCAACCUAUGCCGCAUGACCCUCACCAUCACCAUCCUUCCGAUCCAUCUCCCCCGCGAAACAUGGAACACUACCCUCCCCAGCCUGCGGGCUACCAUUAUCCCAUGUGGCAGCAGCUAAACCAACCGCAGAUGCACCCGCCAGCGCCUGUGCCGCCUCACCAAGCGCCAGGACACCCUGCCACGUCACCGCCCCACUCCCCGCCUCAGUAUCCGUACAUGGGCCCUGGGUACGGAUACCCGAUGCCAGGCUAUUAUCCUCAACCACCUGGCCAGCCAAUGACAUCUCAACCUCCUCCUCCGGGUCAGGUUGGGGUGCAGGGCCAGAUCUAUGAUCCCAACAGACCCGUGAACGGACCUGCUGGCCCCCAGGGAGGUCCGAAUGCGCCUCUUCAUCCUCCCCAUGGCCAUAAUACCAGCCACCAAAACGGAAGGGCCCCGAUGCCUCAUGGUGCUUUGCAACCCAAUGGCCGCAAUCCGCCUUUGAGGAAUAACAGCGGCCCCGCCGGAAAUGGCGGCAACAGGGUGAAGACCAAUCCAUCCAUGGGUAGAAAUCCUUGGAGCCAUGGUCCUGGGGUCGGGUCGGGAGGAUAUCCCGUCCCAUCCAACCCCAAUAACGCGGAUGUUGUCGGUCCGCGUUUGACCUCUUCACGUCGUCAGGCGAAUCUUAGUGGCGGCAGUUCGACUGCGAACAGUCGCACUUCUUCGAAUAACAAUGACGAUGGCCUUUCAACUGCGGCAAUCAUCUUCAACGACUUCGUCGUCGUCCCGCCGCACAUAUACCUCUACGGCUUCAUCGCAACAUCCAUUGCCCGCAAGACCUGA